GGGAGGAGCUCUGCCUCUUACUUCCGGUGGCGGAGAGGAGCAGUUGCUAUGGUAAUCUGAAAGAAGGUGGAGGUCUGCCGGGCUGCGCUGAGAGAUUCACGAAACUACUAAAGAAAAUUGGCUGCCCUUCUUGGUUUGUGAGCUGCAAUUAGAAUGGCCAGCAAUCCUGGAAGUGAUGCAGCUUUGGGCACUCAGAAACCAAUGCUUUCGGGGAGUCCCCGAACAAAGAGGUUGCCACUAACUGAGCAGGAGGCAUUUUAUAUGAAUUGUAGAGCCGCCUACUUAACUGUCUUCAAAAGCAGCUUGGAAAACAUUAUCUCUAAAGAUCAACUUUACCUAGCUCUUCAGCAUGCGGGAAGAAAUCCAUCCCAAAAGACCAUUAAUAAGUAUUGGACUCCUCAAACUGCCAAACUGAAUUUUGAUGAUUUUUGCAUAAUUUUAAGCAAGGAAAAACCUACUUCAAAAUCAGAAUUGCUAAAAUCAUUUAAACAAUUAGAUGUAAAUGAUGAUGGCUGUAUUCUACACUCUGACCUUCAUAAAUAUCUAACGAAGAGAGGUGAGAAGAUGACUCAGGAAGAAGUAAAUGCUGUAAUAAACUUGGCUGAUGUAAAUGCUAAUGGAAAGUUUGACUACAUUAAGUUUUGUAAAUUAUAUAUGACAACCAGUGAGCAAUGUCUCAAGACUACACUAGAAAGACUGGAAGCUGACAGUAAACUGAGGCGUCAACAGUUUGGAAGCCACAUUGAAGGGUCCCCUGAAAGAGACCCAUCUCCAGUGCCAAAACCGUCACCUAGAAUCAUUAGGAAAAAUGACCAGGAAACAGUCUCAAGUAAAGGUGACUCAAGCCAUUCCUUACUGUCAGCAACUGGAAAGUUCAAAACAUCUGUUUCCUUCACAAUUACCAUGAGUGCUAAUAGGAACAGAGACUCAAAGUUAACAGAGCCAAACCUAAAGGACUGGCAGUGUGUACAAUCAAAAGGCUGUUUCUUUUUAGAAGAAGAUGGUGAAGUCAUUAGUCAUCAGUACAAGAUGCAUAUACCUCAAAGAUCUGUGCUUUAUCUAACAAUUAAGCCAUUAAAUCUGAGUCAAACUGAAGGAAAACAUUCUCCCUGGUUAUCGGUUGAUACGGCCUUAUAUAUUCUUAAAGAAAAUGAGGAUCAAGCAGAGCCACAGCUCAUGUGUUUUACUGAACUACGAAAUAGAGAAGUAUUUGGAUGGACUGGGGAACUAGGACCAGGAAUUUAUUGGUUAAUUCCUUCCACAACUGGCUGUAGGCUAAAAAAAGAAAUAAAAUCAGUAACAGAAGAAGCCCAACUUGUAUUUAGAGAUGAAACAGGGGAAUUAUUUCUUACGAGUGAGUUUAGGUCAACUUUAUCAGAGAUAUUUGAGAUAAUUGACUUAGAUGGAAAUGGUCUCAUUAGCCUUGAAGAAUAUAAUUUUUUUGAGUUGAGAACAAGUGGUGAAAAGUGUGAUGAGGAUGCUUGGGCUGUCUGCAGAGAAAACUUUGACACAAAGAAGAAUGAGUUGACAAGACAGGGGUUUAUGGACUUGCAUCUGAUGGAGGCCAAUGAUCGAGAAGGAGAUCCUCUUGACCUGUGGGUGACUCUACAUUCGAUGGGCUACAAUAAGGCUCUGCAGCUGACAGAGGCAUGCCCUUUUGUCAUCAAUGUCUAUGCAGAAAGAUGCAAGCCAAGAAUUAAAGCUGUCCAUAUGGAGGCAUGCAGUGGGCAGCUUGAGAGGGCCAUUUGCAAGUCUGUCCUUGAUAGAAGUGAUGCUAAAGUCAUGGAUGGUUAUGAAAAUAUAAUCGUGCAUACUUGCAAUUAUGAUACCUGGAUAACAUCAAUAAUUGAAAAUAAGUCAGAUGACAAAGUGAUUAUUCACAUCAACAAUGAACUAAGUAAAAACUGUGUCAACAACAGAGGACUCAACAUCUUUGCAGUAGAAGUGGCACCAAGAUCUACAAUGGUUUGUCAACAUGUAAUGCCCCUGAAUGAACGACAAGAAUGGAUAUAUUAUUGUGUCUAUUCCCUUAUAUCUUAAAUAAUUCCAUUUGGUACUAUCAAACUAAGAAGUAUUUUAGAUCGAAUCUGUUAUUUAUUAACUAAAUGCUGUUCCAUGUAACUGGUAUACUUAAUAAUCUGUUUCAUUUCUAUGCAUUUAUAUUUUAUGUCCAUGUUAUAUAUUUUAUUAUUAAAAUACAAAUAGUGUUUUAAAAGUGU